AUGGUGAUGGCCGUGGCGCAGGGAGCGGUGUGGCCGGUUCCACCGCUCGGCGGUGUCACCCCUGCCCGCCGCACCCCUCUUCGCCUGGGCCAGGCCCCGGUAUUUAACGGGUGCCCAGGAGAGGCGUGCCGAGGACGGCGAUCGGGGGUGCUGCUGGCGGCGGUGCUUUCAGAGGGUGCUGCCAGCAUCGCCUCUGCUGGGAGCUUUUCUGCAGGUUCGCUCGAGGGCCACGGAAGAUGUGGAACCCCAACCCAGGUGCGCCCGGAGGGGUGCCACCACUCCAAGGCCAAAUUUGCCCACCUGCCCCUCCGGGCUACCCUAGUCCCGGAACUCCAGCAGGUCCCUACCCUGGCUACCCUCAAGUGCUGCCUGGCGCCCCCGGGGCCUGUCCCUCGGGACCCCCAGGUGGCUAUCCCUGUGGCCCCUCUCCACCUGGCCCCUACCCGCCGGGGCAGCACCCCCAUGGGCACCCCCCGCCGGGGUAUCAUCCCCAUGGGCACCCCCUGCCAGGGCAUCACCCCCAUGGGCACCCCCCGCCAGGGCAUCAUCCCCAUGGGCACCCCCCAUCAGGACAUCACCCCCAUGGGCACCCCCCACCGUGCCCCACUGACUGCCAUCAGAAGCACCAUAAGAAGCACAAGAAGAAGCACUCCAAGCACCAUGGAGGCAAGCACGGCAGCAGCUCAAGCAGCUCAAGCAGCAGUUCUGACUCUGACUGAAGAGGACAUCUCCCACCCGCACGGCGUUGAAGCGAUGAAACGCGAAGUGGAACGCCCCAUGGGAACCACCUGCAUGUUGCUCCACUCCCUUCCCCUUUCUCUGAGAGCGGCGUUUUGCCUGCUGAGUGAUUUUCUUGUUUUUAGCUUGUAAACUCUUUGACCUGGAAUUGUGGUGAGAUGAUGGGCAGCAGCUCUGUCCUCUGUCUUUCCGGAGACCCCACUGAAAGUCA